CGCAAGUGUGCAUCGGUUGUAUUGACAGCUGUCUCUCGGCUGAUCCCGACGGUGUGUCUCGUUUCGUUUUGCUAUUUUUUUCUUCGCCUCCGCAUUGCAAUCUCACGCUAGUAUUGUAAUUUCAUCUCGCGCGGCGAGAUUUCCCGGAAAAUCUCAGAACUAGUUCGGAGUUUUGUCAAUUGAUGAAGAUUUGUUGACGACGACAGCCGUUGAUAACGGGUAGAGAGGAAAAAGGUACGCGCAUUUGAAGGACGAUCCAACAGCGAUAGUCCAGUAUGAUAUACACUGCAGAGGAGAAACGAAACCUUGGACGAAAUGCGCAUGUGCGACACGAGUGCCCGCGAUUUUGCCGCCCGCUUUAAUUGUUGCGCUAUUACUUAUCUUUUGCCACCUUACACCUUCGUGCUCGUAGAUUGUAUCUGCAUGGUACAAAAAAAUAAAAAGAUUAUUUAAAGGACAGAAUAACAUUCAGAGAGAUAUAUGCAGAGAGAUAUAUUUUUCUUGUAAGAGAAUAAAGUGGAAAAAAAGGUGCGCAAGGAGGACGAGAAAGCGUGCGAGAAAGGUGGAAAAGAGGAAAGAAUUGUCCAUUUCCGGAGGUGGAGACUUCCUACCGCACUUUUCCCUUCCCUCUCUUAAUUUUCUCCUGCCCCCGUUACGUAUUGCGUACAUAGUGAGUGCAUCGCGAAGAACACGUAACGAAGUUAAGCGGCGCCACGAUAAAACGCUUACUCGAUGCAUAUAUGAUUUACCCAGAGUGCUGCGGAUAAAUUACUCGAGGAGAAUUCCGCAUGCGAGAUACAAACGGAAUAAAAGGAUUCUUCUCGAUCAAGUGCGCCGCGCCGAGCCGCACCGGCAGAUCUCGCGUGAUUACUAGAUACAGUGUUGCUCGCGUGUGACGAGAGCCAGUGGACCCUCACGCGAGCACCGUCAAUUUAUCCAAAGCCUUCAUUAUACGGAACAACCAGUGAGAGCCAGCGAAAGGGAGAAAGAAAGACAGAUGACAGGAAAAUAGAGUCAUAUGGAUAUCUGAUGAAUGGCGAUACAAAGGAUUUGCAAUUCUACAUAUAAAAUAAUGGAUAACAAUUAUCGCCGUUAUCUCAUUUGAGCGAGACCAGAUACGUUCGAAUCUGUUUCUUCGAUCUCAAUAAGAAAGUGCACGAUCACGAUUAUUGUGACAAGGAACAUCAGAUCGGCUUUUCAUCCAUUAAUAUUAAAAAAUUCUGCGAGCAGUAUGGACAAGGUGAAAAAGAAGGUAUCUUCGUUAGCAGGAACAGAAAUUCCUAAAACGAAGACUGGGCGGAGGAAACCAAUAUGCGGGCGAUGCAAUAUUCAUAACGUGGAAGUUACGCUCGAAGGACAUAAAAAGUAUUGCCUAUAUAAAGACUGCUAUUGUCAACGUUGUUAUAUUUUUCUGGAGGAACAGAGAAUAGCGGCAGACAAGAUAGCUUGGACACGAAUGUAUAAAUUGAGUAAAAAAAAAAAAAUUAGUCAGGUAGAGCGCGCGAUGUCACCGAUAUCUUUACUUUAUCCGACCAGAAAAAACGACGGUCUCUCGAGUUUACUGAUAUAUACAUUGCAGGAGAUGUACAAAUCUUUCACAGUGUGGCGUAAUCCCACAAAGAUAGAGCGAAUCUUUCGCAUUCUCGCCAACUAUGCUUGUGAAAUAGACUCGAGGAUCAAAUUUAAUGGUUUUUUGGAAUCUACUAAACACUGGAUUUUACAAGUCAUUUCUGAAGAAGACCCAAUGUCAUUCAUGACAUUCCAGCAGGCGACGACAUGCUGUUAUAUCCCGCCAACACAGAUCUUGCAAACUCCAUACAAGGAACAGCUUAAUGGAAUAAAAUCAGAUUAUCCACUUCUGAAUUUGGAAUACCCAUCCCAAAAUUUUCCAGUUUGGUCCUCUAAUUUCUCAUCAAUGACAACAACAAAUAUGUCUCUUGAAACACUUAAAUCUCCUUCUGAACUAUCUGUUAAACCUUUUGAUUCUUCUAUUGAUUCUCCUACUGGGUCUUCUACUGAUUCUCCUAUCGAACCUUUUCCUGAUUCUCCUACUGACCUUUCUAUUAAAUGUUCUACAUACUAUUGAUCGACCGUUAACAAUCAAUGAAGUAAAUCGACGAGGAAAACGUGUAAGAACGUGUAGAAUCCAAAGAAAAUCGUGUCGCCUCCAAAGUGAUAGAACGAUUGUCGGAACGAGCACUGAACCUGACUAUCAAUCAUUACCGACACGUUUCGGACAUCGCUUCGCGAGGUGUGCAGUCAACGCUGCUACAUAUUCAGUGGUCCGAACAAAUCGCAGUCAAUCGAGAAAUUUAAAAAAAAAACUCGCGAAAAAUUAUUGUAUCGAUUUCACAACAAGUUCCCAGACGUUUUCCGUUCUUUGCUUUUAAUUCCCGAUCGAGAUCGUGAUCCCUAGUGAAAGGACGAAAAGUUACCGCUUCUCUACGAACACUCUCACAAUGAUCGACGCCAUCGCGAUAACAGAUCUUUUGCGGUAAGAUCGUGGAUCGAACGAUCGUGGAUCGUCAUGCGAACAAGAUCGCAGAGCGUAACCCAUUCAUUUUUCAAACGAUCACUCGCAUUUCCUCGGCAGGCGAACGCUGAAUUGUAUACAAUCGCCGCGUUCGGAUUUUCGUUUCAGGCGAAACGAAAUCGACGGACCCUGACGUUACGCAUGGUAAAGCAGCUCCCGCAAGGCAGCUUAAUCAAGCAUAAUCUCGGAGACUGAGAAGACCGCGACAUACCGCUUCUGACGUCCCUUGAGCUUGUCCGGCGAGUUCAUGUACCGCGUCCUCACGUGUCUGUCCAUUUUAAAAUUCGGUGCGAGAACGCGAUGGCAAGAUGCCGCUGCAGAGAAAAACGACCGUAAGUGCGACAGGCAUCAAGCGAAUCGUUAAAAAAUCUAUCCGAUCAU